ACCUUUUUGCUAUUUGGAUUCUGGGCGCGCAUGUCUCGUUUACUCGCAUAAAUUGUCGAAGUUUGCAUUUCGUGAUAAAAUGGCUUCGACUACAAAUUCGAAGCAUUUGGAAGUAAACGGCGACUGUUUAUACACGAAUAAAAGAUACAAAAUGGAAAGUAAUAAAGUGACUGUUGUUUUGGGCGCUCAAUGGGGCGAUGAAGGAAAAGGAAAAGUUGUGGAUCUUCUGGCAGUUAAUGCUGACAUCGUGUGCCGCUGUCAGGGCGGUAACAACGCCGGUCACACUGUUGUCGUCGACGGCAAGGAGUUUGAUUUCCACUUACUGCCAAGCGGUAUCAUCAAUCAGAAAUGUGUCUCAGUAUAGGUUUUCGUCAAAUCCUAUUUAGGAAACGGGGUAGUCAUCCACCUGCCUGGUCUGUUCGAGGAGUUGAAGAAGAACGAGCUGAAGGGUAUGGAGGGCUGGCAGCAGAGGCUCAUCAUAUCGGACAGGGCCCAUCUUGUCUUUGAUAUGCAUCAACAGGUCGAUGGUUUGCAAGAGGCUGAAAAGGGCAAGAAUUCUUUGGGGACAACCAAGAAGGGUAUCGGUCCUACUUACUCAGCGAAGGCAACAAGAAAUGGAAUAAGGAUUGGAGACCUUCUCGGUGACUUUGAGAUAUUUGAAGAAAAGUUCCGCACCCUAGCCGCUAACUAUAAGAGAAUGUUCCCGUCCCUGGAAUUGGAUAUAGAAAACGAGCUGGUGAGGUACAAGGAGUACGCUGAGAAAAUAAGACCUCUAGUUAAAGACACGGUUUCCUACUUACAUAAAGAAAUCUCCAAUGGAAAGAAAGUUCUGGUUGAGGGGGCCAAUGCUGCCAUGUUGGACAUAGAUUUUGGGACAUAUCCAUACGUGACGUCAUCGAACUGCAGUAUAGGUGGCGUGUGCACGGGCCUAGGGCUCCCGCCCUCACUGAUCGGAGAGGUCCUGGGUGUUGUGAAGGCCUACACGACUAGAGUAGGAGACGGACCCUUCCCGACAGAGUUGCACGAUGAUACGGGCAGCCUGCUCCAGUCCCGGGGUCACGAGGUCGGUGUGACGACGCGCCGUGUCCGCCGCUGCGGCUGGCUGGACCUGGUCGUGCUGAAAUACACGGCCGCCGUCAACGGAUACUCAUCAUUUUGCCUAACUAAAUUGGACAUACUGGAUACAUUGAAAGAAAUCAAAGUCGGUGUGGCUUACAAGCUGAAAGGGAAAAAAAUCGAAUACUUCCCCUCGUCUAUGGCCGAAUUAAGUAACGUUGAGGUGGAAUACAUAACACUGCCUGGCUGGUGUUGUAGUACAGAAAAUGUGAGGCAGAUGGAUAAGCUGCCCGAAGCAGCAAGAAACUAUGUAAGGACCAUUGAGGACUAUCUGCAAGUGCCUGUGAAAUACAUAGGCGUGGGUCAAGGUCGGGAGUCCAUCAUCAACGCCGAUUAACGUCGGCUGCUCGUGCAAUACUUGAUAAACGAUCUCUACCAAGGCUAGCGAGUCUUUGUUUAAUAUAAAACCCAGUGUAUUCGCUGCUAACAUAACGAAAGGAUAUAGUUACGUAUACAGUGGACCCGUGGUGACCGGAACCGGAAGCUAUCUAAUCAGGCUCCAUCUGUAAUUCGACGAUCUGUUACUUUUUAUUGAAUAUUUCCGCUAUUGCGCUCCACGCGUACGGUAUUGGCUUGAUUCUGAUUGCCUUAUUGCUUAGUUUGAAUUUGACUGCAUCUGAUGAAAAUAGUGUUGUGAUUUAUGCUUUAGAAAACACACACACACACACUUAUGACAUAUAAAAUCUUAUCAUACCAUUAAAAAAAAAAUCUGGACUAUAGCGGGGGUCUUAGGUAGUAAGUACUCUUAUAAUCCGACAAAGACCCGCAAAAUGUUUGUCGGAUUACCGGGCGUCCAAUGUAUACUGAAACGAAGAAAAUCAAAUGUUUUAAACGAUAUGAAACAAGACUCUGCGAUAAUUUAGUACAAAUUAACGUUCCAUUCUGUUAAUACGACAAAUGUAUAGUUAAAAUAUAACGCUUCGACAAGUCUUAUGAAGAGAUCGUUGUUUUUAAUGAAUCGCCGAUUUUAUAUAGGAACAGUAUUUUUUAUUUCCAUAAUGUUAGUCUAAGAUCCGUCGUUUUAUAAUUAAAUGAAUUUUAGUAACAAUCAAUUGGAGGAUCUUACACUACAUAACAUAAUGUAUAUACUAUAUACACGGAUGAAUGUUCUCAGAGCCUGUUCAGUCUACAUUAUAAUGAAAUAUAAGUACUUACUUAACACCAUUACUGUGUAAAUUGUGGUUACAUAUGACAGUGUUUAACCGACCUCCGAAAAGGAUGAUUUAAUCAAUUGCAUACAUUCUAAUUCUUAACUGGACAUUUUUUUUUUCUCAAUCAUUUUACAAUAAUCAACAGAUGAAUUAAGAAUGUUAUGCAAUUUUUUUAAGCAUUUUGUAGAUAUCAAUAACCAUGUAAGUAAUGUAUUUGUUUUUAAAUGAGUCUGAAAACCUAGCUCUACUCACAUCGAGAAUCAUGAAAAUAUGUCAAAAUAAUAUUCAUAGACACCGGUGCUCUCAAUAGCUCUAAAAUCUGCUAUAUUUGAGGUCUUUAAAAACACACACACACACACACACACACACACACAUAUAUAUAUAUAUAUAUAUAUAUAUAUAUAUAUAUACUGUAGACUACAGACUGGCCUCGUUCCUACUAAGUGUUUUAAAAAUAAAUUUACGAGCAGCACAAACAUUAUGAAUUCUUUUUGUGAUCAUAGCCGUAGUUUGUGCUUAAGACUUAAGGAUAGAAAAAUUUAUGUAUGUAUUGAUAUAUUUUUACAAUCAUGAAUUUGAAAUCGUCUUAUAACUAAUCGAAAUUUUAAAAAAAAUAACACAAUUAUAUCGAAUUGUCUUUUUAUUUUUUAAUUAUUAUUUUUUAUUGAAUGAUAAUCAUGUUACAAAUCUUGUAAUGAAGCGAUUUUCUCUAAAUCUUGUUUAUUGUAUGUACUUAACAUACUUGUUCCUAAUUUUUAUUUCUAGCAACAUUUAUUUCACGUGUGUUUUGUGAUAUCUAUAUUUUUAAAAUGUAAAUACGUCAAUGGUUAUUAUGCCAAUAAAUUAUAGUUAUUCUUUUA